UAUAGAUAUAGAAAUAUCCUAUGUAUAUUCUAUAUGUAUAUUUUAAAAUAUACAUAAAAAUAUAUGUUGAAUCUAUUACACAAAUUUACUUAUAGUAAUAAUUAAAUUGUAAUAGCGAAAAGACGAUUAUUACUAUGAAUACCAUAAAAGUGUUUAUACAUAUAGAUUAAAACGAAAAAAUGUAUAAAUAUAUAAAUAAAUGAAUUAGUGAAGAAAAAAAGAAAAGCGGGGGGUAUUAUACACGAGAUUAUCGAUAGGACGUUGAAAAAAAAAGAAGAAAUCAUUACGCGCUAUCAUCGAAUAAUAACAAUCGUUUCGUUCGUUCGCUCGAAGAAACAGCGCAGCAGCAGCAACAGCCACAAAAGCAGCGGCUACGACGCAUUCGCACUUCUUCUGCAUAUACUUACUUAGCUUGCACAAACAGAACGGGGUUAGCUCUUAUCGGAUUCGAAUUGAUAAGUUUUACAUUGCUGCACGCAAAUAACAAUUGCCGAUGCAAAAUAAAGCGCAAACGAAGCUUCGAGAGAUAUCGCGCGCAUGCAACGUAAUAACACAUUAAUAUGUAUGUAUCGCGUCUAUAUAGGUAUAUAUAUGCAUCUGCCGAAUCGAAACCUAUAUAAAAAAAAGACAAAAGAGUUACAAGACUUUAUAUAAACUUAAUUAUAAGCAAUCUUCGCGUCUUUCAUCAUAUCAAAUGGUGUGUUUUGUAAAUAAAAAACGAAUGCGGCUUUUCUCUCGCAGUUUCUGUUCCGAAAAUUCGACCAAACGAACGAACGAUCACGACACCCCGUUGUAUUUCUUAUUUUCUCGUGUAAAAAAAAAAUAAUAAAACAGUGCAUUGAAUCGAGUCACGUACUUUCUGAUGUUUUCUGACCCUUUUAGCUAUUCCUCAAACGAUGCGAAACGAAUCAAUAAUUAUUGCAUAGCGAUUUAACGUUUACAGUUAUUUAAACUUGUCAUGUCUGCGACACACUUGAAUGAAUGAAAUGCCGUUCUUAAUACUCAUUUUGUGUAUGCUCUCUCACUGAGAAAAUAAUUCUCAGGAUAAAUACACGAACUCUUUAUUAAAAUCUUACGUACGAGUUUAAAAGUUCUGAAUAAUAUAUAAAUAAUAAAAUCAUUACAUUUGCCAGAGUGCAGUAGUGUGAUUCAGACUGCUUUGAAGAUCUCUCAUAGCGCACCAAAACUUUUAUUAAAUGAAUCUAUAUACACACAUUAUAAACAUUUCAUGUAUUAUGUAGAGUAAAACUGCGUAAUCAUAUUGAAAAAGAAAAACAUACAGACGUCCGUUCGAUUUUCGGCGACCUAUACAAUAAUUAUAACAAUAGAUAAUAUAUGCACACGUCUAUUAGAUUUCUUUAAACAAGUCAUGUAUGAUUGUUGCAAUAUUAUUUAGGAUGAAUUUUUAAUGGUUCAUUUUGUUUUUGUACAUGCAUUUCUUAAUUUACAAUGAGAGAUCCUGUUUUAGGCAGCUGCCAAUCAAUUUUUGUUCUUUAUUCUCUAUUUUACUCUUUUACUAUAAUUAAUUUUUUCUCAUCCGCCGCCAUAUUACAUUUUCUACUUGUAAUUUUACUUUUGUUCGUAUAGCGUCGACUGUCGAGAGAUUAUAUAGUCUUGUUUAUCAUAAUUUUAAAAAACAGAAAGUUAAAAAAGUUGUAGUUUAAAGCAAUGUAAGCGUGUUAAGUUAACGUAAAAAAUGUAAACGUUUAAAGCGAUCUAUGAUUGUAAACGUAAUGAAAAAUUGGAAGUUUAUAUGCAUAAGAAAACGAAUCAUAGAGAUGAAAUAAAGUAUGCAUUAUAUUUGCGUGCGAGCAAUCGAACCGUUGUUUUAUAUAUACAUGAAGAUAAAAAUAUAUUAUAUAAAUAAAUACAGGUAAAAAAGAUUAUGUAUGAAUAUGUUAGUGAAGAGGUAUGGAUAAUUAGGCAAAAAAGUGUCCUAACAAAGAUAAUGACGAUGAUGACUUGAAAAAAAUUUUAUUUGGGAAAAAUUUUAUUGUUACACGGAACUCGAAUGCAUUUUAAUAAAAGUUGCAGAUUGUCAAAUAAUAUAUAAAGUUGUGUUUGAAUUGGGACGAUGCGUUGUUUAGAUAUUAUAAGGGUUGUAAAGUUACAAAAAUUUUAGCUAUAGAAAAACAUUUUUAACGACUGCUCAGGUGGAGUUAAUUCGACAAUCAGCAUGGAAAACAUGACAUUGUCAGUCAAUCUCAUGGCUCAUGAUUGGCAAAUUAAAAAAUUAACACUCAAUUGUAGAAAAGUUUUUUCAUAGAAAAAUUCUUCCUUCUGGAUGGUCGAUAAUAUGUACCUGUAAUUGGCAUAAAAAGCUUUAAAAUAUGGUUGAUUGACAUUAGUGUAAUAUGUAAUAUAUGUAUACAAUGUAGAAAAUAUUGUAAAAAAUCGUACUCCCAAAAAAGUGACUAAUCUUUUUUAUGCUACAAAUUAGCAAUGUUUUUUAUACUGUCUAAAAAAAGCCAAGCAUUCGAACGCCGUGUAACAUAGAAUUUACAUUGAGAAAGUAGUCAUGCGAUGUGUGAUUAGUAAAAUUAAUGGAUAUUUUGUUUUCUUUCUUGAAUUAAAUUAUGACGUAAAUUUUCAACCAAAUGUUCAUCGAAGAACCUUCUAAUCGUUGCAAUCUUUGUAUAUGAAGUAUUUGCCUUUCUUGUUAAGGGAAUACAAUGUCACAGCCAAACAAGGCCUACUUCUCGACGUAAAUACUCAUUAAUUAAUUUUGAAUUUUAUAAAAUAUAUGAGGCGUUAUCUACGCUAGUCUUUUAUAUAAAUGACAAUGAACAUUAUUUCAAACGUACCUUUGCUAUGUAGUUUUAGCCAUUGUUGUGAGGGAAAAAAUUGUCAAAAGCAAAAAUAAGUAAUACUGGAUUUCAUUCCAGAUUGAACAAAGUGAGGGUAUCAAUUGAGAUUCAGGAAUUACUUGUUUUUUUGUUUUCUAUACGUAUUACAUACCGAAGCCAUUUUUUUAUACAUAAUAGUAUACAAUACGUGUAACGAAUUUGUCUGUUUUUAAAUGCGAUGCAAAGCUUUUAACAAAUAAUAGUACAAGCAUUAGUCAUAGUUAGUUUUUAUUGCGCAUCAUGUCUUACUCAAAUACAGUAUAUCACAUAAUUACUGUGUUAUACGAUGAAAAUCAUGGGAGACGAGGAAAAUAUAAUUAUGAUCAUGGUGAAAUGAAAACGACUUUUUUUAUAUGUAUAUUAUAAUUUUAAAUUUUAGACAUGAUGGUGUGUUCAAAAGAUUUUUAGUUAUAAUGUAAUGAGAAAAAUUAGAAUUACGAAAAAUUAUAAAUUUUUUUUCGAAAAGAGUCAGUUUUAAAAGUCAUUUUCUUUUUUUUUUUUGCAUUAAGUUUGAAAGUCCGUGUUGUUGACAAAAGUAUGAUUGUCUUGACUUGUUUGAUUAGUUGUAUAAAGAAAAUAUAUUGUUGAAGAAAAUGAGUGUCAUUAAAUACAAAGUGCAAAGUGAAAAAAAUCAUUGUCUUAUUAUCAUCUGAUCCUUUUCCUUUUUCAAUUUUCUUCAAAGUUUUUGAUAAAUAAAAUAAUAAAAUGUCAUAUCGCCUGAGCUAGCGAGAACAGCAGACUGCCUAUUUUGACACUUGUUGCGCGAUUGUCUGUAUGCGGGCAACUUUCGUAAACAUUGAGUAGUAGCUGAGUCGGUAAGAUUAUUACCUGCACUCAAAUGUGCACAUUAUUGCGCGGGCUAAUCUUUAUAGUGACGCUCAAUUCUUCAUUCACACAACAUACCCAAAUAAACAGAUUCCGACCAGUUUGAGAGACAUUUUUUUUAUUAAAAUUGAAAAUCAAUUAGUAAUAUUACAUUUAGGUUAGAAAUUUGCCUGCAUAAAUGGCAAAUUCAAAAUGCAGUAUUCGCCGGUGAAGUUCAGUGAUGUGAAAAAUGAUAUGAGAUAUAAAAAUUUGGAGCGUACAUUAGACACUGUUAGGUCAAUGGAUAGAUUGAGAUCCAAUACUAAUGCAAAUUGUCCCACUCCAUCAUGGCCAAGUUUAUCAAGUAUUCAUGAUUCAAGUUAUGUACAUACACCUCCUCCAUCCUUGCAGGUUUCAAGGGUGGAAAGCGAAGUUGUAGCUUCCAGUAACAAUUUGCGAAUGCUCUCUGGACUAAAGAAUAAAUAUUCAAAUACACCAUCAAAUACUAAACAACCUUCUGGCCAUAGUACUGAUUUAGAUAGAGUAAUUAUGCCACCACCGUCAACAAAACGUUCAUUGACAAAAGCAAAAGUAUUAUCCAGAAUAGAUGAACAUUCUAUCAAUGAUGAUCACAGUAAUGCUAAAGUACCACCAUCAGGUAUCUCAACAGAUAUUUAUCAAGACGAUGGUUCAAAUCAUGCCUCUGAUGCUCAAGAGCCUAAAAAGAUAAGGAUAUUUUCUAGAUGGAAAGUAUCUAUUAAUACUAAUGGCUCACUAAUAAUUAGAGGAUUAUUGGAAAAUCAUCAGUUAGCUAGAAGCAAGCCUAUUUUAAAAAGGCACUCGCACGACAUGGUAGAAUCUGUUUGUAAACAUAUAUACAAAUUAAUCGGUAAUAUAGUUGAUGAUAAUAAAGAACUGCCGGAAUAUGUUUGUGGCAAGUUUUACAAUGGAUUUCCUGAUGAUUGGGAAAAUGUUUAUCACAUUUGGAAAAACUUCAUUUCUGAAGGUAGUUUGAAAACUUUUCGAUGGCCCACUCCAAUAACAGAUGAUGAUGAUGACUUAAGAAGUGAUAUAAGUGAAUUUGUUUAUAGACAGAAGAAUAUUAACAAUGAAAUACAAAUUCAUAAGAAUGAUCAAUCAAAUGAGUUAGAAAAAAAACCGUUGGUUAAAGAAAAUUUAUCUCAAGAUCAAAAUGUUAAUAGCUCAACUCCAAAAAACGGAAAUCAAGUUACAAAAAAUGAAAAUCCUAAACACACCAAAGCAAAAGAUUCUCAUAUUUGUCCACAUGAAAUCAACAAUGAUCAACAUCAAUCUAUGGAAUCUCAUAGUACAAGUGGCCAUAAUUUCAGUUCAAAUUUAACAAAUCCGGGUUAUUUAAGAGAAAUAAUCAAAGAAGAUAAACUUAAAAUAAUACUUGGGAAUCUUGGGAAUGAAAACUGUCCUCCAAAUUAUCUUGACAAAUUUAUUGAACUGAUUGAUAACUUAAGAUAUCUUUUGUCUUAUGGACCAAAAAAACAACAAGAAAUGUUUGGCAGAAGCUCAUCACCUUGUAAGAAUACUUCAGAUUGUCAAAAAUGUAACAGUUCUGCAGUUUUAGAAACUCAAGAGAAUGUAUUACCCGAAUCUAAAAAUGCAUCUGAACAAAUUAAAUACUAUGAAAAUUCAAAAGAAGCUCUAACUUUACAGAAUCAUAAUAAUAACUUGGAGUGUUCUGAAUCUUCUCAUGAUUCAUCUGAUGGUGAAAAAUAUUUAGGAAUUCCAAAUGUACAUUUGGAAAAGCUAUUGCAAAAAAGAAUUUCAAAAUCGAGACAUCAUAGCUCAAGAAAAUUCCGCAAUAAUGAAAGAUCAUGUAAGCAAACUGUACUGAAACAAUAUGACUCUAGCGUCAGUAUUAUAGAAGAUGACUCCUCUGAAAAAAAGACUCACCUACAAGAAAUAGCAAUUUCUAGGAAACAAUUCAGCUCUUUAAUAGAUCAAAAUAAAGCAUCCACACCUAAAAAUGAAGAAAUCUGUAUAAAAUUGCCUAAUUCACAACCUCUGAGAGAAAAUCAAAAUGUAUUAAACAAACCUGUUAUAAAAAGUAUUGAACAAAUUCAAGUUAAUGUUCAAUUAAAACGUCUUUCUAAAAACAAUAUCACAAACCACUCUGAUAUUAGCGUAAUUGAUGAUGAAGUUACAAAAAAAAAAUUGAAACCAUCAGAAUCUAAUAAAUUAAAAUAUUCUAAUAAUGAAGAUGAUAAAGAAAACCAAAAUUCUGAUGAUGAAUUACUUCAACAUCGUUUUCUGACUUACGAUUCUGAAGAUUUUAUGAAUGAUGAAGAAAAGGAAUUGGCUCUUGGGUCAAAAGAUUUCAAAAGUGCCAAAGAAAGAACGAACGUCGAAACCAAAGAAAAGCUCAGAGAUACUCAUGAAAAGCAAAAUAUGAAACUUCAAGAUAAACGACAGAAACCAUUAGAUGAGUCAAAAGCUGAUUUCCCAUAUGGUUCUAAAAAAAAUCCCAAAAUAAUAGAAUUUUGGUAUCCAGUGGUAACAUUUGAUAAUGACUCAAAGAAAAAAAAACUAUUAAAGUUUGAAGGAAAAUUAUUGAAUGAAGCUGGGCAUAUACUUGACAGAAAAUUUCUCACAACUGCUGUCAAGUUCAGACAUUCGUCAAAAUUAAUUGAAACUUUUGACAAGGAAUUUUUUUUGCUCUCAGGAGAUUUAAAUACCAAGCAUGGUAUUCCUAGCGAAUUAAUAAAAAAAUGUCGCGCCGGCUGUCCUCCAAAUAUUGAUGAAUUUUGCGAAGAGUGGAUGAUGUUCAAACUAGCUAAAAAUUUUAAAACAACUUUAGAGUCACCGAGUGUAGCAAAUGCUGAGAAUUCAUUUAGCAACGAUACACUUGAUCCUUUGCAAGUAUCAAUGAAUUCUCGCGGACGACGGAUUAUCUCACCUAUGGAAUUUUGGAGAGUUAAUACUCCCGAUACAGAAAACAUAAAUCUUCUGACGAAAUCCACGGAACGACAAGGUAUAAAAAAUAACGUAAAACCUGAAGCUCAUGAAAAUGUAAGCAAAAGCAACAGUAAAUUAACAAAAUUAAAAGAGCCACCAGACAUAGAAUCGAAAGUUCCGUCUCCAAGAAAAAAGGUCGCUCACAAGCUGGAAUAUUCCUCUAGUAGUGAAUCAGAAGUGGACGGUAAAUCUAAACCUAAUAAAACGAGGAGAAAUUCAAAAAAAAAUUCUAGAUCAUCUAUCAAAAAGGACUCAAAAGAUUCCAAGUCAAAAGCAAAUGAUAAUACUGAAAUGGGACCACCAGAAUCUAAUUUUCAUACAAAGUUACGGAAACGUCGUAAGCUUGAUUAUAAAGAGUCAGAGAAUAAUACAAAAAAUUGUAAAUUAGAAACAGUACGUUGGGUAUACGAAAAGCAUCAAAAUCCAAACGAUGAUGUGUUAUCAGAUGAUCAAGCAUCUCUUGUUGUUAUUUAAUUAUUGUUGUAGUUAUUUAUAAUUAUUACAACUUCAAUAUGUAAAUAGAUUCACUUUAUUUAUUCUAAAUUUCAUGAACGGAAAAAAUAUAAUUUUAAUGGCUGGAAAACUGUA